GACUCGUUCCCUCGCGCAGUAACACAGUUACCGUUGCGCGCGCGGCGUCGCUCUCUCUCGCACGCUGUACUCCAUCACCGCGCACGACACGCACACGUCCGCCGCCGCCGUCGCCGCUGCCGUCGUCUCCCCCCCGUACGUACGGCACGCACGCAUCACGCUGACGAGAAUCCGCUGAUAGCCGACCGAUCGCCAUGGCAGAGGAGUAUCUGUACGGAAUCACCCUCGAGGGACCGAACGCGACCGAGGUAUGGGACCCGGAGCACAAGAACGACGACUCGGACGGCACGGCCCAGAACAUCGCCGGCGCCGACCAGAAGCUCAUCAUAAAGAUGGUUCUUCUGGGGCCAGAGGCUAAACCCGGGGAGCUCAAUGUCCUGCAGGUUGAGGCGAUGGGAUUGAAGGGGCCCGUGAAAACUCCGAUUGCACUGCUGGAGAUGGGAAAGACUGCACAGAUCAUUCUUGAUCUCAGUUUGCCGGAUCCUCCAGUCACGUUCACGUUGGUGAAGGGCAGCGGCCCCGUUCACAUAGUAGGACAUAAUCUUCUUGGUGCGCAUAUUGAAGAAUUCGAAGACAUGGAUGAUGAAAUGGAGGAAGAGAAUAUUGACGAUGAGGAGGAUGAAAAGGAUCCUGAAGAUGACGAGGACGAGGAUGACGAACCUAAGAAGAAGAAUGCUAAAUUAACAGCCGCAGCAAAAUACAAAAAUCAGGCUAACAAGAACAAGAAAAAAUAAAAAAUGAGCCUUAACAUUAUGAAAAUAAAACAAACUCUUAAGUUAAGAUACUACACAUAAGUCCAUCAUUAUCAUCCGCAUUUGUGCGAAUCUAGUAUCAUUUCAUCGAUUUAUCAUUCGAUAAAAUGAUGCCUUCCACUUUUCUAAAGACACAACUGGACCAACAAAAUAUUAAUAAGAUAAUUAUUUUAAAAUGACUUUGGGUGAUAUUGUUAGUAUGAAAAACGAUACGAUUUGUUUUACUUCAAAAAUGUUUUUUUCUGCUUUAGCUGAUCUUUUUUUAUGCUACUUCCCAAAAUGAAGUUUACAGUUAUUUCAGUUAUACAGAACAUUUGCGUAAAGUAUGUCUCUGGUAUGUAUACUUGAAUAUUUUUCAAGAUAAUGUAUAUUUAGUUGCACAUGGAAUUUAAUAUUGAAGAGAAAAACACGUUUAUAACAAGAUUUUUAUAAAUAUAAUUUCUCCGUCUCCAAAGUGAUCUUUUAUUAUUUUGAAAUACUAACGUGGUUUCAGAUAAAAUUGAAUAUUUUUCGUCUUUAUAAGAUUUUAUGCUGUUGAUAGAAAGGAGAACAUCUUGAAACGAAUAUUUUUUCCUCUUUUUCUUGGUGAAUUUCCAUAUAACACAAAACACGUAAUUUUAAAUAUGGUGUAAUGAAACAGUGUACUCUAUUAUUUCUGGCCCAGUUGUUAUUGUCAAAUUUGUGGAAAGCAUAAAUUAAUUUGCAAUGAGAGAUUUUGUACUUCAAAUUUUUUCUGACAGUGUUCAUAUCGACGGGACUCUUUCAGAGAUGCAAAAACAAUAUUCUAAUGUAACCAUUUCAACGCGAUUUUUGAAAAUAGUUCUCUUCAUCUAAGGAAUUACGAAACUAAGGCUUCAAUAUGAUGUAUAAUUUAUUUUCGUGUGUACAAGAUGGGGAAAAGAUUAUUAGUCAUUCAAAAAUCCUAAUUCCAAAAUUUUAUUUACGUCUCAAAAAAUAUCAGCAUGAAAAGGAGAAAAUACACGUCAUUUAAAUAUUCAUUCCAUUUGAUGAAAGGUAAUAGAAACGGGAGUUACAGGUGUACUAAGUAAAGAAACUGCUCUUACAUCAGUGUCAUAUGCUAUUGAAGCAUGUGUGAUGCAUGUGUAAAAAACGUGCGAUUGAUAAGUAGUCUGUACACCUAUUUUGUACAUAUACGAUACAAUAAAAAAUUUCACAACUUUUAAAAUCC